AACCCGCAGUUAUAAUCCCUACAUCCCUGGGGACGUGGACAUGCCGAGGAUGGGUCAAGGGCAGCAGCGGGUGCCCUAUGUCCUCCUGCCCCUCAGCACUACCAGCUGCGAGCUGGGCGAGCGAGUCUCCACCGUCACACGCGUGUGGGCGAAAAAAGGCCAGGUUAUAAAGGAAGCGUCCGGCGACUUCUACGAAACCAUCGUGGACCACACCUUCUUCUUCGAGCCCGUCUCCUGCGAGGUCACCAACGCGCUGGGCAGCACGAACAUCAGCAGGACCGUGGAUGUCUACUUUGGGCCCAGGAUGGCCACAGAACCACAGUCCCUCCUCGUUGACCUGGGCUCGGACGCGGUCUUCAACUGUGCCUGGACUGGGAACCCGUCUCUCACCAUCGUCUGGAUGAAGCGGGGCUCAGGCGUGGUCUUGAGCAACGAGAACAAGCUGACCCUGAAGUCCGUCCGUCAGGAAGACGCGGGGAAGUACGUGUGCCGAGCCGUGGUCCCGCGGGUCGGCGCCGGGGAACGGGAGGUGACGCUCACCGUCAACGGGCCACCCAUCAUCUCCAGCACCCAGACGCAGCACGCCCUGCACGGCCAGAAAGGGCAGAUCAAGUGCUUCAUCCGCAGCACCCCGCCGCCGGACCGAAUCGCUUGGUCCUGGAAGGAGAACGUCCUGGAGUCUGGGACCUCCGGGCGCUACACGGUGGAGACGGUGAGCACGGACGAGGGCGUCAUCUCCACGCUGACCAUCAGCAACAUUGUCCGGGCUGAUUUCCAAACCAUUUACAACUGCACUGCCUGGAACAGCUUCGGCUCCGACACGGAGAUCAUCCGGCUCAAAGAGCAAGGUACGGAAAUGAAAUCAGGAGCUGGUAUUCAAGCAG